UUCAGGAAGUCUCGAAAAACAAUGCAGUAGCGCCAACAAAAAGGCAAGUACUCCGAACAAUAAUGAAGCUUUAUGACCCCUUGGGAUUUGUGGCGCAUUUCGUGGUGCAUGGAAAAAUUCUAAUGCAGGAAAUCUGGCGAUCGGGAACAAACUGGGACGAACCCAUUGCAGAGCAUCUGUUGGCGAUAUGGAGCAGGUGGAUCGAGUUGUACGAGUGCAUCAACGAAGUCAAGAUUCCUCGAUGUUUUUUCGGCGAUCUUCAACCGGGGGAAGUUGAAGAGAUUGAAAUUCACAUGUUCACGGAUGCCAGUGAAGCGGCAUGCGCAUGCGUUGCCUAUGUGAGGAUGUCGUCAAAGGGAAGUAUCCAGUGUUUGAUGGUAGCUGCAAAAACAAAAGUAGCGCCACUUCGGACGCUUUCAAUCCCUCGCUUAGAACUUCAAGCCGCCAUGAUGGGAUCCCGUUUGCUUCAUAACAUCUGUGCUGCUCUCACCCUCAACGUUCAGAAGCGUUUUUUAUGGACAGACUCAGCUACGGUUCUAGCGUGGCUCCGAUCGGACAAUCGGAGAUACCAUCAGUUCGUAUCUUUUCGCGUCGGAGGAAUCUUGUCGCUCACUAGCGUGGACGAGUGGAAUUACGUGCCGUCAAAACUAAAUGUAGCCGAUGACGCCACCAAAUGGAAUUCAGGACCGUCUUUCGACCCGGAGGGACGAUGGUUCCAAGGCCCAUCAUUUUUGCGAGAACCAAAAGACAGCUGGCCGAAAGAAUCUGCAAAUAAAGUAAAGGAAAUCCAUGCAACGAGUGAAGAGAUUCGUGUUGUGGCGGUGCACCAAAAGAUAGAGGAAGUGAUUGAACCCGAACGCUACUCAAGUUGGAAUCGUAUGGUUAGAACGAUGGCCUACGUUUACUGGACGGUGAUGAUUUGGAAGCGUUUAUCGGACAAGGACAAGCGAAGUUCGGGACCGGGGAAGGAUGAAUUCGUCAAGGCAGAGGAAUCACUUUGGCGACAAGCGCAGGCGAACGUAUACCCGGAGGAGAUUUGCGAUCUGAGGAAUGAUCGUAGAGUUGAGAAGCGAAGUCCGCUGCACAAGAUGUCUCCAUUUCUCGAUGAGCAAGGCGUUAUUCGGAUGGAAAGCCGAAUCGGGAACGCUCCACAUCUUCCAUAUUCGGCCAAGUAUCCCGUAGUAAUGCCGAGGCAUCAUCGCAUAACAUUCCUACUGGUAGACUCCUACCAUCGACGAUUCCUUCACGCUAAUGGCGAAACUGUUUGUAAUGAGCUGCGGCAACAGUUCUAUAUCCCUAAACUUCGGGUACUGGUGCGAAAAGUUAGUCGUCAAUGCCAGCACUGCAAAAUACUGAAAGCCAACCCAACGCCACCAAGAAUGGGGCCAUUGCCUAGAGUCCGUCUUACGCCGUUCAUUCGACCAUUCACGUACGUGGGCGUGGAUUAUAUGGGGCCUUUCAUGGUAAAGAUGGGGCGCAGCAGCGUGAAGCGGUGGAUUUGUCUUUUUACCUGCCUCACAAUCCGUGCAAUACAUUUGGAGCUAGUUCACACUUUGACGACAACAUCCUGUGUAAUGGCUUUUCGGAGAUUUGUAGCAAGACGUGGGGCACCGUUAGAAGUCUUUUCGGACAAUGGCACCAACUUUGUUGGUGCACAUCGACAGUUAACGGAGGAGCUGCAAAGGAUAAAGGAGAUCAACGAAAGCUGCGCAUCCACAUUUACCAACGCACACACCCAGUGGCACUUUAAUGUUCCGGCCGCUCCCCACAUGGGUGGACCCUGGGAACGUAUGGUGCGAUCCGUUAAAGUAGCGAUGCAGGCCGUGUCCAACAGCCUACGUCACCCUAGUGACGAAGUUAUGGAGACGAUCAUGUUAGAGGCGGAAGGAAUCGUAAACUCACGCCCCCUAACAUACGUGCCCUUGGAAUCCGACAACCAAGAGGCACUAACACCCAACCAUUUUUUGUUGUACGGGUCGUCCGGUAUUAAGCAACCGACGACCAAUCCUGUUCACAACGGAAAUAUCCUCCGAGACAGCUAUAGACUGGCGCAGCGCAUUGUAGACGAAUUCUGGACUAGGUGGACACGGGAGUACCUUCCUAUGUUGACUAGGCGGGUAAAGUGGUUUGAUCCAGUGAAGCCGUUAGAGCCUGGCGAUAUAGUCGUUGUUAUAGGCGAUACAGUAAGGAACCAUUGGGAGCGAGGACGUAUAUUGGAAACCUAUCCGGAUAAAUCCGGGCAAGUGAGGCGUGCAAAGGUGCAGACAACGAGAGGAGUUUUUAUCAGACAUGCUGUAAAGUUGGCUAAGCUCGAUGUUGCAGAACCCACGGAAGCUGACGACAAGCCUCCGGAAACGGAAGUUGUUCACGGGGUGGAGGAUGUCGACGAUACCCCUCGUAGUAGCAGAAGAGCGGUGAAACAACUGUCCGUUCCCGCACGGUCGGUGUAAAUGAUCCCUAAUGUCAUACCACAGACCUGAUCGCUAAUUUCUGUAGGUAUGAGUAGUUUGAAAUUGACAUCGAACAUUAGUCAGCAUUAUUGAACACAACUGAAUUGACGGUGAUAUAUCGUUGCUCUAUAAAGUGAGUUUUGGGCAAAUUGUUAGUUUAGCGUAAUAUUCAAAUAAUCAAUAAUUUAUUCUGCAGUCUAUUUUGUUGAAUUCGAGUUUUGGCAGAUCUUAAGUUGCUUGUUGUGGGGAAAAGUUGUACGUAGAGGCUAAAAUAAGAUCUGGCCAGUUGAUCGGACAAUCUAACUGAAAUCCGGUGAUUUGAGAUCCUGUGAAAUUUAGAAGAACACUGACAAUGUAAGACACAUUUGAGUACUACUUACCUUGUAUUGCAAUUAAUUUUCCUACAAUAAAUUCUAGCUUAGUAGCUGCUUAGUCAGGCAUCCUACAAGACGGUGUUUUAAUCAACUUACGGGAACACA